CUUGAACGUACACAAGGAAAAUGAAAGUACCCCCAUCUUGUCACCGAGAGAUAUUAUGAGCUGUUCGCCUCAUGUAUUUAGUAUGGCCUUGGUUGCUGAUUAUGUUGGUUGGUGGUAACAUGCCUGACUGCUUAAGUAAUCGGAACAUCUAAAAUUCUCUCAGCGUCCAAGAAGUUUCAAGAUCCAGAAAGAGGACUUGAACUUUACUCAAAUCUAAAGUCGACCCAUUUCAACAAAGGUCAUUAAAAACGAAUUUGAAAAAUGGAGAAUGAAGAAGAACCCGUUCCAGAGAACGAGGUGGAGAAGUCCUCCAGAAACACCAUCGAAACUGCUGAGAACAUUGUCCGCACUAUUGUUUCUGAUGCUCAGGUCAUUGUUAGCGAAAGAGCCGCAUCUGAUAAUCGAAACACAGAUGAGACACUAGUAAAGAGUGAGCUACAUGACGAGAUUACUGUACCACAGCCGGACAACAAAGACGGUUCUGUCCUCGACAAGAUGGAUGCUGAGGUUAAAGUUGACACCGACGAUGAAGAGCGUAAAAAAACAAGCUCUAUGCCCAAGGAGGGUGAAGGAAACGAGGAAGAUUCCCAGUCGUGGGGCAGUGAGAGUAGAAAGAAAAGUUUAGCAGACGAGCGAGGUUCCAGCCGCGCAAAGGAAGACAAACAAGACGAUGAGGAGUCACUGGAACAGAAAAGACUUUCUCAACAAGAACAGGAGAGCUCUUUGGUGCAACUCGAUUCAGAUACACUGCAACAGGAAUCAGACAUUUUACCGCCAAGUGGAGAUCACGUUCCGAAACGGACUGCCCAGGAGGAAGCUGGUAGAUCCAGUAUUCAGGAAGACAGAUCUGGUGCCAUGAAAGAGGCUGAAGUUUCGCAGCUAAACGCAGACCUUUCGCUGCUAGAUGACGAAAAUGUAGAUAAAGAACUGGAAGAAAUGGCCAAAGAGGAAGAACUUCUUGAUUUAAAUUCUAAGCAAUCAGGAGAGAUACAAGAGAAUUUUAGCGAAGAUGUUCUCAACCAAACAGAGGACGAGACCGUUGACGAGGUUACCAUUAACGAAUUCUUUCAAAAGUCAGCAAGUAAUCUGGACCAAAGCCAACCAGUGGAUUCCAAGCCAAAGGCUUCCAAAAAGAAAAGUUCUGAAAAAGGUACAUUUUCGCGGCUAUCUCAGACAGAGACAAGAGCAAAAUAUCAAAGAGCUGAAUAUCCCAACGGUCCGUACAGAGCCCGAAUCACAGACGAGAACAAAAUAUCACGAGAACUUAGGAGAGUUCCCCCAGCACACGAUUACUUUGGCUAUAUUUUCUCUGCACAGUCACAAAGGCCACCCAACUACUACCAUCAAUACACUUUACCCAUCUAUAAGCAACCACUGCCACGACAACAUAUGUGUAUCACUGGAGAAAGAGUGCCAGAAGAAAAGAUUCACAAAGAGAAGACGAUACUCCACCAAGCUCUACCGUUGAGUAGCCUCAAAAUUCGUUGGCGAUUGUCUCGCGUGAGUACUGUCUAUAAACUGGAGGACCUGUACGCAUAUUUAACAGUCUUUGGCCCUAUCGACGGCGUGUACGCGGUCUCAGUGAACUCUGCCCUGGUCGUUUUCUCGGACGUCGAAUCAGCCAGGUCUGCCAUCAUGUGUCCUUGUCUUGGGUUUCCUUGGGAUCCUCUUAUUGCCGAAUGGGUGGAGCCCAAGAUGAACAAUAUUGGAUUCUACAACAAAUACCAUCGAGUGGAAGAGCCAGCCAUCCAUUCUAAAAACUAACAGCAUCUUAAAGCUCGUUAUAAUCCAGAGACUGUAGGACAUUCUGAAGCACACUGAGCUGGACAGAAAGAUUUAGCUCAGCAGACGUGUGAUCCAGUAAGAAGAGAGCUUUCAAACAGAAGUAACAGAAAAAUCUUCAAUCAGUAUUGUAGCUUAUUGUUAAAUUGCCAUCUGUAGAACUUUAGCUAAGCGACAACUAUUUUCAUAUGAAACUAAUUGGCAUUAAAACAGCUGCUUAUAAACAUAAAAAA